AUGGAAGAAGAACCUGCAACAAAGCGAAGAAAACUGAACAACAUCCAGGAGGAGGAGGAUGAGGAUGAGAAGGCGGCGAGGAAGGCAGACUGCAUCAGCGGCCUGCCCGACCAUCUCCUCCACGAAAUCCUCGCCUGUCUUCCCACCAGCAUUGCCGUCAGCACCUCCCUCCUCUCGCGGCGAUGGCGGACGCUCUGGAGGACGUCCCCCGACCUCUCCUUCACCACCCACUUCCCCCCCUCCUUCGUCGACUCCGUCCUCCGCCUUCGCGACCCCGCCGUCCCCCUCCGCUCCUUCUCCCUCGCCACGCCCGACUACGUCGUCUCCGACCCGGCUCGCGCCCGUUCCUGGAUCGAGUACGCCGCCAAGUACUCCGCCUUGCAGCACCUGAGGCUGAAACUCGUUCUCACCGACAGCACUCCCGCUUUCCGCUCCUUCCGCCUACCCCCGGCAGUCUUCCGCCUGCAGCAUCUGCGAGUGCUCGAACUCCAACUCCCGGGAGUAGUACCGCACCUCGAUUGGCCCGCCACCGCUUUCUUUCCUUCUCUGCAGAGGCUCGGACUCGUUGACCUUGAUUUAAGCCUCGCCGCGGGGGACGCGAUCUCGAAGAGCUGCCCGGCGCUCAAGUGCUGGAGGAUGUCGCUCUUCGGCGGGCCUCCCCAGCUCGAUGUGAACUGCCCGCUCCUCGAGGUUUUCGAGCUGAGGACGCACGUCGGGCUGGCGGGGGGGCGCAUCCGCCGCCGCGCUCGAUCACCAUCUCCGCCCCCCUCCUCCCCUCCGGAUUCACUUAUCUCGUCCACCGAGACGACGCCACCGCCGAAUGCACUGCUUAAUUUGUUUUUUCAAGAUUAUUAUUAUAGAAUGGAAGGAGAACCGGCAGCAAAGAGAAGAAGACUUAACAACAUCGAGAAGGAGGAGGAGGAGGAGGAUGAGAAGGCAGCGAAGAAGGCAGACUGCAUCAGCGGUCUGCCGGACCAUCUCCUCCACGAAAUCCUCGCCUGUCUUCCCACCAGCAUUGCCGUCCGCACCUCCCUCCUCUCGCGGCGAUGGCGGACGCUCUGGACGACGUCCCCCGACCUCUCCUUCACCACCCGCCUCCCCCCGCCCUUCGUCGACUCCGUCCUCCGCCUCCGCGACCCCGCCGUCCCCCUCCGCUCCUUCUCCCUCUCCACGUCCGAAGACGUCGUCUCCAACCCGGCUCGCGUCUGCUCCUGGAUCGACUACGCCGCCAGUAACUCCGCCUUGCAGCACCUGAAGCUGAAACUCGUUCCCACCGGCCGCAUUUCUGCUUUCUGCUUCUUCCGCCUACCCGAGGCAGUCUUCCGCCUACAGCAUCUAAGCGUGCUCGAACUCUGCCUCUCGAGAGUGAUACCGCACUUCAUUUGGCCCCCCACCGCUUUCCUGCCUUCUCUACAGAGGCUCGAUCUCGCUGACCUUAAUUUAAGUCUUGUAUCCAGAGACGCGAUCUCGAACAGCUGCCCAGCGCUCAAGUACUGGAGGAUGUCGCUCUACCGCGCACCUCCCGAGCUCGACGUGAGCUGCCCGCUCCUCGAGGUUUUCGAGCUGACGAUGUCCCUCGGGACGGCGGGGUGCGUCAGUAUCUGCGGUAGCAGCGUCAGGGAGGUGAGGGUGCGGCAAGAGCUCGCGCGCUCCGCCCCGGCUUACCUGAAGCUGUCGGCGCCGGCACUUUGGACUCUAGAGUGGGUUGGCCCGCUGCCAUGCGCCGCCGCAAUCGCCGACCCCCUCCCCCCCAACUUGCUUACCUCCUCCGUGGUGAUGCGGCCGGGCGCACUGAAUGCUUAUACUGAUGUGAAUGAUGUGCUGCUGAAGGCCGACCUUUCCGUGCUCAGAGUCAAUCAGUUGGUCUCUUCCGAACCUCGUAUAACUGAGGUUGGUAUCUCUCCCACUCAUCCUAACCGCCGAUCAAAAUUGAAUAGCAUAGUAAUCCUACUAUUCAACUAACUAUUCGCUCAA